AUGUCGAACCAGCUGGAAAUUUACAAAAAGUCCUCCGAAUCAUCCGAAGGCGAAGAUGGUAAAUAUGACGUUACCCACGUAAUAGAACUUUUAAUUAAUACUAUUAACAAUGGUACUCUAGCAUCCACAAUCGACUCGUUCAGUUGCUCCAGCACGAAACCCAAGCCGACUUUCAAUGAGAUUGAAAGUGCUAUGAUCAAUUCUGUGAUUGAGGAAACCAUCUUCAAGUUAAUUAUCGUCAACAUGGAGGAUGACCAGGGAAGCAUGCCGAUCGUUAAGAAACCCGCAAUGCACAUUCGAUUCGAUCCGUCGUAUAAAAAUAAAACAUUUAGUGAAAAUCAGGCCGUGGAUGUAGCGAUGGGAAUGAUGAUACUGGUGAAGUUGAAGAACGAUAUAUCCAACUUGAGGAGAUUACUUUCGGAUACUCACGAGGAGAUGGCGGAGUACGGUACUUUUGAGACACUGCAAACAUUCAUGGACAAUGAUGUUCAGAGCGAAAAAGAGGAGCAUCAACUUAUCAGAGAUAGUAUCUUGAACGAGAAAAAGUUAAAGGCACUGCAAGUGCAGUUGGAUCGCGAAACAAAACAUCUUAAGGCUUUGCUGAAGCAACUGGAUGAUGAAAUGUUCGACUUGGAGACAAAAUCACAGGACAUUCGUGUCGAAAACGAUGUUAAAUCCAGGCUGGUGCACAAAUGGGAGAACACUCGUCACCAGCAAGCACAAAUCGUGAUUCAAAGCAAGGAAAAUGAUUUGUUGGAACGGUCCAAGGAAACUAGAGAGAACAUUGAGCGAGAAUUGAGAUUGAAGAGUGAGAUUGAUGUAUACAUAAGUUAUUGUAUUGAUCAAAUCAAUGAGAAAAUAUCUUUUUGGGUUGACAAAUAUCAACGGGAGGUGAAAGCCUUCGACAAGGAUAUUAUGCGACACAAAGAUCACAUAAGCGAGCUUAAAGUGAAAUUCGAAGAAAUGACCGCUCUCUACAAACAUCGGGAGAAGGAAAUAAAAAUUUGUGCUGAGUUCCGAAAGGAGCGCGAGAAACAAAUGGCGUUCGCUGAUAAACAAUUACGGUCAGCCAUCAAAAUACAGGCCUGGUGGCGCGGAACAAUGGUACGAAAGGGAUUGGGACCGUUCAAGAAAAAGAAAAAAUCAAAACCAACCAAAUCACCUAAAAAAGGUGGUAAGAAAAGUAAAUAGUAGUAGCGUGAGCCGGGGACAAAUUGAUCACGUUUUCCAGAAAAAUGCGAAUAUUUUCGUUUUUUUUUUGUUAGAUUUACACCCAAUUAUAUUUAAAAUCAGUACUGGUACCAAGGUCACAGAACGUUAUGUUUUCUUUAAAUACUCUUCAACGUAUGUCCAAAAAAUUUUUUUGUGGAAAAUUUAAAAAAAUAGCAUCGUAAUAAAAUUGAUCAAUUUAUUUUUUCAUGAUUUUCUAGUGUGAUACAGAUAAAAAUGAAUAGUGAUUACCUGAUUUUUUCGCCUAUAGUCAUUUAAAUGACGAUGACCCAUUUCACAAGGGUUAUGCAUCAAAAAACCAAAUCCGAUAUUCGGAUUACUGAUAAUAGUUUAGGAGAAAAUUUAAAACGUGACAUGAAUGCCCGCUAGUUAUAAUAUGAACUUAAAUAAUGAAAACUAUGUUUUAUAUAAAACAAAUACAGUGUUCUUGUACCAACCUUUGAGAAGGGCCACAUAAUUAUAUUUAAAAUAUUUUAUGUUUUCGCUGUUCUCGAGAAAUCUCAGCACUUACUUAACCAAACUUCUAUGUUUACAUACCAUUGAAUGAAUAAUUAAAUACUUGUUUGAAGAACAUUUGGUAGAUCUAUGUUUUAUUUUGUAAAUUAUGAGAAACAAGCUUUUGAAAAAUGGGUAUUUUAAAGCGUUGUCACGUCACAAAAAUAGAGCGUCUUUUUUAGUUUACCUAAUGAAAAAUGUUUGAGCUUAAGCAAACAAUGACAACAAACGCCAAGUUUUGGUUAAAAUCGGUCCAUGAAUAAGGAAGAAUGAA